UUUCAGCUUUUAGGGUUUGAGGUGGACUCAAUCAACUCCGUCCAGUUCUCCAACCAUACAGGAUAUUCUCACUGGAAAGGUCAGGUCUUGACAGCAGAUGAGCUCCACGUUCUUUAUGAGGGGAUUAAACUGAACAACGUACACCACUAUGACUAUGUUUUAACAGGGUAUACCAGAGACACGUCCUUCUUGGAGAUGGUGGUGGAUAUUGUUCAGGAGCUAAAGAGAGCCAACCCCAACCUGGUGUACGUGUGUGACCCCGUCCUCGGAGAUCAUGGAUCUAUGUAUGUUCCUCAGAAUCUUUAUCCCGUCUAUAAGAACAAGGUGGUUCCUGUUGCUGACAUCAUCACUCCUAACCAGUUUGAGGCUGAAUUAUUGACGGGGAAAAACAUCAGCACAGAGAAAGACGCUGUAGAGGUAAUGGACCUCCUCCAUGCGAUGGGCCCAGACACAGUGGUUAUUACGUCCUCUGAUCUUCCCUCUAGACUUGGAGACCGCUUCCUGGUGUCAUUGGGCAGCCAGCGUCAUGUUCGUCCAGAUGGCAGCAGGACAACACAGAGAGUGCGAUUAGAAGUUCCCAAAGUGGAUGCUGUCUUUGUAGGAACUGGAGACUUGUUUGCUGCUAUGUUGCUAGCGUGGACACAUCACUACCCCACUGACCUAAAGACGGCCUGUGAGAAAACGUUUUCAGUGAUGCAUCACGUUAUCCAGAGGACCAUAUCCUACGCUCAUGAGUUAGCAGGUCCUGGUCGGAGGCCCAGUCCGCCCCAGCUGGAGCUGCGGAUGGUCCAAAGUAAAGCUGACAUAGAAGAUCCUGCCAUAGUUACGGAGGCCACAGUCAUAUCCUAACGUUGCCCGCCCAUAAGACUCAUACUAACCUCUCCACCCAUAAAUCUCUCAGCUCCUGUA